AUGGCUGAAAAAAGCACUUUCUUGAGGCAAAACGCUCUCAUUGCAAUUUUAGCUCAUAUGGAUUCAUUUGUGCCAGCAGAUAGUGCACAUAUUGGAGUGAAUGAUAAGAUAUUCAGCAGGGUUGGCGCAACGGAUAAUAUAACGGCUGGUUAUUCCACCUUCAUGGUGGAGAUGAUUGAAACAGCAACCAUAGUCAACCAAGCAACAGACCGUUCCUUGGUAAUACUUGAUGAAAUUGGUAGAGGAACAGGAGUGUAUAAUGGCUUAUCUAUUGCUCAGGCGGUAAUUGAACAUAUUCACAAUGUAAAUAAGUGCCGCGCUAUCUCUGCAACUCAUUAUACUAAAGUAAGCAAAUACUUGAAAAGUGUCAAGUGUUUCUGUGUGAGAAUAAAAGAAUGGAAAGAGGAGGUGAUCUUUCUACAUGAAGUAGUUGAGGGCGUUGCAGAUGAGUCAUAUGGAACACAUGUGGCAAAACUUGCUGCCAGUGCAGUAGCAGAGGUUGAACGAAUGUCUAUUUUGUUGAGCCAAGUAAAGCAUGAAACUCUACUAACAAUGCAAGUUCUAAACGAGCAUAAGCCCCAUUCUAAUGCACCUUUACACCACUCAUGGAUAAAACCUACAGAUACUUAUCGUAAAAUGCCAAGACAUCCUCAUCCUCAUAAACCUUCUUGCAACUCACCCCUUAAUAUUUGA